AUGUCACCAAUUAACGAAUUUAUUCAGCAAUCAACGCGCCAAGUACGACCGAUUUUGUCUCUGAAUAAUCAGGAAGCUCGCCAGCGAGUGAUCGUUUUGUACAAAACUUGGUAUCGCCAGAUUCCACAAACGGUGCAUGAUUACGAUAUUCCAAAAACCGUGCAGCAGUGCCGAGCCAAGCUACGUGAGGAAUUCCUACGGCACCGAGAUGUGACGGAUGUUCGUGUAAUUGACAUGUUGAUUUUCAAAGGACACAUGGACCUAAAAGAGACGGUCAACCGCUGGAAGCAGAAAAGUCACCUGAUGCGAUACUGGAAGGAAUCGCAGGAACCGAAACCGACAGAUUUUCUGACAAAGUUCUAUCAGGGUCACGAGUAA